AUGGGAGCUAAACUGGAGAUGGUCCUAUCAGUCAUGCACGACCCAAAAUCACGUUGCCGUAGUAAUGAACCGGCAGCAAGAAUGAACUAUAUCAUGCAUAUCAUAAUCCAAUCGGCUAAGAAAAGAUACUAUAUUGUAUGCUACCGUACCUUCAAUUCCGUCCCCAAUCUCGUUCUCUUUUAUUUGAAACACGUACUGAUAUUCAGAUCGCAAGUAGUACAGCUGGCUAAUGGGAUAGGCUUGGCGCCAUGGGAAUUUCGUGCCGAAAAUCUGCAACUGGAACAGCUUAUACGGAAGUUCAGUUGUGGAGAAGUCGUCAAAGGAAAAGUGAUUCGCAAAGAUAUGGCCCCUGUAGAAGUCGCUGUCAAGACGGUGGCUGGUCGAUCACAGGAAGCCAGAGAGAAAAUCCUUGAAUUGAUGGCACAGUGCCGCAUGCUGAACGACCUCUACCAUCCCUGUGUUGUGCAGUUCUUCGGCGUUUGCCUGAUCGCCCAACCGAGUUGCUUCGUGUUUGAAUUCGUUCCUCAAGGCCCCCUCGAUGAAUGGCUUCGUGCUAACAAAGGUCUGAAGCGUGAUGAACUGCUAUUGAUGAUUGUGAGUGCCGGUUGGGGACUCGAAUAUCUUCAUCAGAAUUCGAUCCUCCACACAGAUAUAGCCGCAAAGAACUGCCUUUAUGACGGACAAUUUGUGAGAUUUUCAUCGAAGGAAAUAGGUGCAAAUGAGGCAUGGGGCAGGGAGAAACCGCGGCGGCAUUGCGCUUACUGUCCAUGGAUCAAACUUCAACCAGAAUUUUCCAUAGAUAAACUAGUAAAGCUGAGCGGUUUCGGUAGAGCCAGGAAGGCGACCACCUACACCAUGAAAGCGGCAAGAAAAAUGUCGAACAGGUGGAUGGCACCCGAAUCAGUCCAGGCUUUUCGAUUUACGCAGAAAUCCGAUGUUUACGGCUACGGAAUUUUAAUCUACGAAGUAUUCGCUGUUAAGGAACCCUACGAAGGACUGUCAAAUGUCGACGCUAGGACUUUGUUACUGUCCUGUAACUAUGACUGUUCAUUCCGACAGAUUCUCGAAAACGACACGCCCGACUUCCCUGGUGUAGCACUGAAGAAGCUAACGGAGAUGGUCAAGGAGAAGAUGUGGGCCUUGGAUCCAGACAAAAGGUCGGAUAUGCGUCAGCUCAUGAUUUGGAUGCAAGAAUAUACCGGCAUGGGUCUGCAGAUUGUUGGUGGUGAAACUUGUGUGACGGCCACGGUCCAACAGAAAGUGGACAACCUCCUCUCAAAAGACGUUGAACUCCAAUCGUUGCCAAACUUCAAAGAACCAGGACUAAAAACGCCUACAAAACUCAAGAAGAAGAAAAAUUGA